GAAAAUUCAGUUUAUCGCGAACUUUUCACGCACUAACAUUGCCUUUCUUUGCCUCUUCUGAGUUGCUUAAUUAAUAAUUUCUUAGAGCCUUCUCUCUGUUGAAUUAUUCUCUAAAAAAAAAUCCUUUGAUUCUUUGAUUGAAAAAGAAAGAAAAAUGUAAAGUUUGUGAAAGCCUGAAAGGAUAAAAAAUUCAGGAAUUUUCUUAAGGAAAAUUCUUGCAAACUUCCUCAUUGGUUGGUUAAUUAAAUUAAACAAUUAGACAAGGUGGUUUUGGCAGAGAACUUUGUAGGCUUCAAUCGUGCUUCAGACUAAGAGUUUAGUGAAUAAGGAUUUAUUCAUCAAAAUGAGCUACUUGCGCUUGGAGUCUCUUCCAGAUCCUGGAAAUCGUUUUGAACUCGGUGAAAUUAUCGGAAAAGGUGUCUGUGCAGAGGUUUUCCGUGCAGUGGAUACACAAAAUAGUGGAAAGAGAGUGGCAAUAAAAAUUCAAUCGUAUGAAAAGGAAUUAAGGAUUCACAUUGAAGAAGAAUUCAGAGUUCUACGUGACUAUGGGAAUCAUCCGAAUUUACCGCGUUUUUAUGGAGUUUUCCAGAAGAAAAUUCCCGGACAAUCCAGUCAAAUAUGGUUUGUCCUUGAGCUGUGUGAAGGGGGUCCUGCUAUUGAUCUUGUUCGUAAAUUGGAUACAGUUGGGAGGCGUCUGUCUGAAGAACAGAUCGGCUAUAUACUCAGAGAAACCAGCAAAGCUGUUGUACAUCUGCACUCGAAGCAUAUUGUGCACAGGGAUGUACGAGGAUGCAAUAUUAUGCUAACAGGUGAAGGAGAAGUGAAACUGUGUGACUUUGGCCUAGCCAGAGAUAUAAAGACAACGCUCGGGAAGAGAGGAACCAACAUAGGCUCCCCAAAUUGGAUGGCUCCAGAAAUGUUUUCUGGAACAAAGAACGACGACGAAGUUUAUGGAAGUCGGUGUGAUGUGUGGGCAAUGGGGAUAACGGCUAUUGAGCUAGGAGACGGAAGUCCUCCAUUCAAGGAUAUGCAUCCAACAAGGGUAAUGUUUCAGAUUGUCCGGAACCCACCACCUACUCUCAAUCGUCCUGCUAACUGGAGUCAGAACUACAAUGACUUUAUCAGUGAGUGCCUGGAGAAGAAUCCCGAACAUCGUCCUUUUAUGGUUGAAGUCAUGGAGCAUCCGUUCUUCACUGAGCUGCCUGAAAAUGAUUAUCAUUUAUCUCAGGAACUGAAAGUUAUGCUGCAAAAUGUUGAAAGUAUUUCUUUACCUGAAAGUAAGGAAGAAAUAGCUAUCUUCAAUAAAUGCCUAAAGAAGUUCGGAAGUAAACCUGUUAAGAUGUACGUUGAGGAUUUGUCUGCAAUGGAAAGGAUUACUGAAGAAUCCAUCUUGAAUGAGAUAAAUUGUCGGCUAAUGAAUGGGCAGUCUUAUACAUUUGUUGGAGAUGUUUUACUCUCAGUAAAUUCAAAUGAUUUAUCUACAGAUAUUCCGUUAAACAUUCACAGCAAAUAUAAAUUUAAAUCUCGCUCAGACAAUGCUCCUCACAUUUUCUCCGUAGCCGAUAAGGCCUAUCAGGAUAUGCUGCAUCAUGAAGAUCCGCAGCAUAUUAUUCUAGCAGGUGAAAGCUACUCGGGAAAGACUACAAACCGGAAGCUACUUUUGAAGCAUUUGAGCUUUCUGGGAGAUGGAAAUCGCGAUGUUGUGGAAAAAGUUCAAAAAUCUUUUGAUAUAAUUGACGUUCUCACACAUGCUGGUACCCCAACGAAUCCUAAUUCAACUAGGUGUGUCCUUCAGAGUCAGCUUACCUUUGGUUCAACGGGAAAGCUCAGUGGAGUCAUCCACAAUAUUUUCCUGCUGGAAAAAUCCCGGAUUUCUGGAAUGGAUUUAACCCACAGCAAUUUCCACAUAAUUUACUUUUUCUAUGACGCCAUGAGCUCACGUGGUCGCCUGGGGGAUUUUAUGCUCGACUGUGGGCGGAAGUAUCGCUAUUUGAGAGUCCCCGAAGCACCAGGAAGUGGCAAAAGCACCCAUAUCCGUGACAAUGCUGAGGGAAAUGCUGCAAAAUUUGCUGAAUUUGAGCAAAAUCUUCUGGAUUUGGGUUUUUCAGAGGAGCACCUGGGAUCUAUUCAUGUUAUCCUUGCGGCUAUUCUUCUUUUCGGGGAGCUUCGCUUUCUCGAUGAGGGUGGAAUAAUGGAGCUGGAGAAUCCGGAAGUUGCAGCAAGGGUGGCACGUUUGCUGGGUGUGGAGGAGAAGAAAUUCCUUUGGGCUCUCCUGAAUUACUGCAUCGUGGAACGUGGCACGGCAGAAAGGCGGAGACAUACCGGAAAUGAAGCAAGGGAAGCCAGGGAUGUCCUAGCAGGGACACUCUUUUCGCGCCUUGUGGACUGGAUCACGAACACCCUCAAUCAUCGACUUACCAUCUCACGAGCUAUUUUCGGUGAUGCUCACUCAAUCACCCUCCUGGACAUGUUCGGCUUCGAGUGCUUCCCGCGGAAUCGCAUGGAGCAGCUCUUCGUGAAUUGCCUCAGUGAGCAGAUGCAGUACCACUUCAGCCAGAGGAUGUUCGUCUGGGAGAUGAUUGAGCAAGAGGAGGAGCACAUCCCCGUGAUUAAUUUGCGCUUCUACGACAACAAGCAGGCAGUUGAUCACAUUAUGGCCAAACCCCGUGGCCUUAUGAAUCUCAUUGAUGAUGCCACGCGUGCCCGUAUGCCCCAUGACACCAUCACGAGUGCAAUUAAUGUGCACGGCAGGCAGUUUAUUCGUCGCGUAACCCCGCAUGAAUUCUCCGUGGCUCACUACACGGGACGCGUAACCUACGAUGCCAGAGAUUUCCCGGCAAAGAAUCGUGAUUUUGUCCCACCUGAAAUGCUGGACACGUUGCGUGCUUCCGGCAAUGCCAUCGUGAAGACACUCUUCACGAAUGCCCUCACAAAGACGGGCAACCUCACGAUGCCAUUUGAGGAAGCCACCAAUUUUGAGGGGCUUCGUGAUAGCAAACGUACCAAAUGGGGAGUUGCUCUUGUCAAUGAGAAGCAAUUAAAAACGAAGAAAAUCAACACACUGUCACAUGGGGCAUACUCUCAGGUGCACAAGAUGCGAACACUGGCGUCGGUGUUUCGGCAGACGUGCUUGGAAGUGUUGCGGUCACUCGCCGUUGCGGCAACCAGCAGUGGGGUGCAUUUUGUGCGGUGCAUUAGGGCAGAUCUCGAGAACAACCCUCGUGCCUUUCAUGCAGACAUGGUGCGACAGCAACUGAAGGCUCUUGCCAUUGUGGAUACAGCUGUUGCCGGCCAGAAGGGCUUCCCCUACCGACUGCCUUUUCCCGAAUUUCUGCGUCGCUACAAAUUCCUCGCAUUUGACUUCAAUGAACCCGUCGACGUGACCCGCGACAAUUGCCGUCUCCUCCUUGUGCGCCUCAAAAUGGAGGGAUGGGCCAUCGGGAAGACAAAGGUCUUCCUCAAGUACUACAAUGUUGAGUACCUGGCACGCCUGUAUGAGACGCAAGUGAAGAAAAUCAUAAAAGUUCAGGCGAUGAUGAGAGCCUUCCUCGCGAAGCGCAGCAUGGUGGAGAAAUUGAAAAAGUUGCAUCCGCCAUGUCAGCAACCCCAGCACCAGCCACCCGAUGUGGAGAAAGCUGCCCUGUUCAUCCAGAAAGCAUAUCGUGGGUACAUUGUGAGGAAGCAAUAUGGACCACUGAUUGAUGCAAGAACGGGCAAAAUUGACGCUGCAACAGCACUAUUUGUCCGCAAUUAUGCCCAGAGGUGGCGAACAAAGACGGUGUACCAGGUGUUGCUGCACUAUCGCGCUGCUCGCUUCCAGGAUCUCGUGAAUUUCUCCCAGCAGAUCCAUAUCUACAAUCAGCGUCUCGUGGCUGGGGUGACUCUUUGUUCAGCAUGCGUCCUCAUUGAGCGGGUGGAUCCCCAUGAGACAGUCGGGAGUCUCCUGGGUGUGAGAAAACCUUCAGUGUGGAAGCUUCCCUUUCGCCUGGACGACAUCCCCUACUUCGACACAUCCUUCAUGUGCCACCCGGGGGAACAAAUUGCCCCACUUUCCGCGGACUCGGAUGACGAAGCAUGGGACGCACCAAUGAAGCGUCGCACCAAUUUGUCAGCCGAAAUAGCAUCCGCCACCCACAGUGCCAUCUUCGAUGCGCCCACCACCACCCACGGCCCCACAACCAACCCCAUCCUCAGUGAGCCCUACUGUCGUGAAUCCACCAUCAAUGCUCAGCUCAAGAGCAGGCGUGCCCCACAGCCUCCGGCAUCUUCUGUUGGUUCCAAUGUGGCAUCUUCUGCAGGUCGUCGUUCCUCCACCCCCUAUGAGCAUGUCAGUGUUGGUGAGAUUCUGGGCAAAUUCGAUGAUGGAAUUGCUCUUAGUGGAAGGAGUUCGUCCUACAAGAAGCGUCAAGCUCCACAGCCACCAAACACAGAGUAUGGACUGUGCCAGGUGAAGCGAAGGGAUUCAGGGACGUUGGAUUUGGAACAGAGACGAGGAUAUGGGGAGUACACUGUGGGGAAAAUUGAUCCUGUGCGUGAGAUGAAGAUGCUGGUGGAGAGGAACAGCGAAGAGGAUUCUGAUGAGCCACCAUUCAACUUCCAGGGAAUGCUGCGGAAGACAACCUACAAUCGUGCUUCCAUGAAGAGAUCCACCGAUAAUCGAAUGCCCUUCGAGGAGCCCUACCAAACCAAUGGGAAUGCCUCACCGGAUGUGAAUGUUGUCUACGAGAGCUACGUCCCUAGUCGACCAAAAUCCUGCCAAGGAAUUGUGGAUGAUAAUGCAAAUGAGAGCUUUCGCUCAACAUCAAGCACACCCUUCAGGAAGUUCUCGUUGCAACAGGAAAAACUCCUUAGUAUUGAGGAUGAGAUUGAUAACCACUUCCGCCCCCUUGGGGACUACAUGCCUACUGGUGAGUAUAUUUGCGAAGAAAUAGCCCCGGGCAUUAUACUCGAAGGGUAUGCUGAUGAAGUCUAAACGAAACCUCCGUCGAAUGACAAAUUGUAUGCAAUUUAUCUAUGAAAAUCAAUUUCACGUUAUUUAUGCUCAUACGAGUUUGAAUUUCCGCCCUCGCGUGGAUCAAGCUUCACUGAAUACAGAAUAAAUUAUGAUAUAUGAGA